CGAGCACCGUUCGGUUCCGUUCAUUCGCGUUCCAUCCCUUGACGAGGCUAGUAGGGUGUUCAAACGGUCCGAUAAGCGCGCGUCAUGGCCAAAGCGGCCUCCCAGGGUGGUCACACUUACCCCCUACUGAGCAGCAGCAGCAGCAGCAGCAACACCAGCAGCAGCAGCAGCAGCAGCAACACCAGAACCAGUAGCAGCGUACUAUUAUUAGUUCACUAAGGUGCCCUCCAUUCCCGCUGAAAGCAAGCAAACGAAAUUCCCCGUGUGCCGAGAUUCCCGUGACGCGUCCGCUAGUGAUCGAUUCAAACUAUUUCCACUACUCUUCCCCCAUGAAAAAAACGAAGCUCCCACAAAACGGGUGACUGUGAAAACGUAUGAAGGAAAAAAAAACAACUAGAAAGAAAGAAAAUAGAAAAAAUAAACAGUGAAAAAGAAGUGUUGUUAUUGCUAAGUAAGCGUUGUUUGUUGUUGCAAAAGGAUAACUAGAUCGCAGCAGGCUGGUGAGACGAGCUGACGACAGUGUUGUACAGUCUGUGUGUGAGUGUGUGUGUGUACGUGCGUUAUGCACGCAAACCUUGUGGAGCUGUGGUGAAAGUGUCUACCGCAAAAACUACAAUUCACGCGAAAAAACUCUCAAAGUGACGAAAGCAAACCAAAGCAAAAGAAACAAGGCCAUUCCCGUUGUGACAAAGCUGCACGGCUCCCAGCGUUAGUGCUCACACACUGUCUGUCGUUGCGUGAUAUCGAUCCCGAAACGGCAAACAGGCUGGUGGUCACCGGCCUCCUGCCUUGCCGUAAUCUGUAAUUAUCUCGGCAAAGCGUGUUGAGUGCUGAACCGCGCGACAUUUCGCCUGUGACGUCCGCGGGUCCAUGUGUGUGAGUGUGUGUGUGUGUGGCUCCUGCUAAAGCGUGUGCAUGUGUGAGAGUGUGUGUCUGUGUGCAAGCAAGUUUCCUAUGCGUGCGUGUCCUUCAGGUGCAGUGAACGUGCAAUGAAUCGUGCCAACGGUUGGGACAGCAACCGUUACGACCUCACACGACCCGAAGCACGCCCGUGUUGCAGUGUUGUGCCAGCCGCCAGCAAAACUACUAGCCACCCUUACCCAGCACCACACCUUCGUGCGUGUGGCGGUGUGUGAAAGCGCACCGAGUGAAGGGUUGAGCCAUUUAUCGUUCUCCAGUGCGAGUGAGGUUGUGGUUGUUUUCCAUUGCUUUGGAGCUCGAGACUAGAUCCUAGCGGAUUGAUCGAAGAUUCCCAGGCAGACAGUAGAACGAGUGUGUGUGUGAGAGAGAAAGAGUGCAUGUGAAGAAGAGUGUACCCUACUGUUGCUCGUUCCGGUCGCGUCGGUGUGCUAUGCACGUAGUCGGCUGCUAGUGUGUGACGUGCGUGAGCGUGCAAGUGUGCUCCAUUAACCCCAGUGCGCCCCUUUCAGACAUCCGACCGAUCGUCUCGUUCGAUUUCGGGACUGUCGUGGUGCGGCAUCCCACGGGAAUGGUUGCCGUGCGAAGGUAAAAAACCCGGCCGAGCGAGUGGUAGCGAGUUCCUAUUCUGCAGCAACUCCGGACGGUACGGACACUGCGGCGCAAGAGGGAGAGCAAGCGGACCAUAGCGGACAUUGUCUUCGACCUUUUUGAAUUUCUUUGCGAAGCGUUUCGUGACUGGGACUUUCAAACGGCCCCCGUUGACCUAUACGCACAUAUACACAUUUACACACACGCGGCAGCACACGCGCCCGGCAGAACCUGCUAAAGACCUGUUGAAUAUCGGUAGCUUGUGGCAAUAGAACCAUUGGCAGGAGGUGUUCGUGUCUGGAUCCAUCACCGACACACACAUACACACAAACAAACACACACAUACAAAACAUACACACACGGGCUACACGGUGAGCCUGCACGGACAGGUCCCAAAGGUCCCGGAAGUACCACCCGGACGCGACGCGGCACACAAAAAGAAUCAUCCAUCUAGCUCGGCAUCCUCGUGCAGCCUCCAGCCGUCCCCUCCCCCCUCGCAUUACCCCAAGAACACUGCCCCCUUCCCCAUCGGGUUCGUGCGUGUGUGUCCCCCCCUCGGCUAGUUUGCGUUUGCGAGUGGGCGUGUGUGGCAGCAGCAGUGGUGAAAAAUGAUCCGACCGAUACUACCGAUCCUGGCGUACAUGAGCGUGCUCUCGAGUACGUACUCGCUGCACAUGGCACGCGAUGCCUACAUCAAGCCACCGCCGCCGCCCCCGCCCGCCCAGCUGCUCGACGAGCUGGACGACAUGUCGGAGCUGCUGGCCGAGAACGGGGUCGACCUGAUGCGGCCGCUGAUGGGCACGGUACACCAGAAAACACACGCCGGAACUGGCACCGGCGGUGGCGGUGGCAGUGGAAGCAUCAUCAGCAUCGGCAGCAGCAGCAAUGGUGCGGUGGCGCUCGGCACCAUCAACCACGUGGCGAGCAAUGAGCUGCCGGAGCUGAGCCCGCCGCCCGCCCAUCUGCCGGCGGCGAUGCGCCACGGUCCGAUCGGGCCGCUGGUCGGGCAGCCGCCGCGCGGCCUGCAGGAGCUGUUCGGCGUGCAGACCAACUUCGACAUACGCGCAGCGCAGCAGCAGCUGUCCCACGGUGGGCCGAACGGGGUGGCCGCCUCCUUCGACCUCAACCAGUCCGCCUCCGCCAGUGGUAUGGACGAUCGGGAUGAUGAUAAUCGUGUCGGUGGUGGUGGUGGUGGUGGUGGUGGUGAUGACAUCAACGGAACUGGUGUUGGUGGUGGUGGGGGUGUUGGACAGGGAAACGGUAAUCUGCAGCGAUCGGCAGCUAGCAGCAAGCGUGCGUCACCGACCGGCAGCCGCAACAAGAUGAUGGCCGACUCCGGCCAAGAUGGCGGCGGCGGCAGCAGUAGUGGUCUGCCCUCGAUCCCGCACGGCAUCGCGAACCAGAUGAUGCUGCGCAGUACGCGCGGCCAGCGGCAGUACGAUGUACCGCAGAUCGAAUGUCCACCCGCGAUGGAUGGUAUGGAGCGCUUUGCCUGUCCCACGCCAGAUCGGCAGGGCCGGUACCGAUGUAUAGACGAUCACGUGCUGUGCGACGGUUUCAUCGACUGUCCUGAGGGCGAAGACGAGGACAGACAGGCCUGCAUGUUCUACAAAACGACGAAAGCGCAUCUCGACGUAUUAGCGGACGCCUUAUUGAGAUGGGCUCGUGGCCGUUAAACUGUACAUUUCACAUAGCUCUUGCAAAGUCACGCUGUACUAGUGCUAGAUUGAGAAAGUGUAAAGUGAAAGAGGAAGAGAAAGCGACAGAGACAAGUGUUUAUGUGAGCAAAGCAAAAAGCAAACAGUCAGGACAGGAAAGGGAGAAACAUUACAGACGAAACCACAACACAGUUUCAGGCAAACGUCGUAACAGAUGCUAUUUUACAUUACGAGAACAGAAGAAGAAAUAAAACAUCCACCAACGAAAUAAAAAAAAAAACCCAAAAGGCACAAUGCACCGGCAAAAGUGACAGUCCAAUAGAGGGGAUGAGAAAAAAAAACUUACCGUACUACAAAAAGGAUAGGACAGCAAAUGAGUACGGAGAAAUCGUUACACGUUCUCUCACAUCCUUACCAAGCAAACAGGCGUUGCGUUGUAAGAGUGGCAAAGAAAAGAAAAAAAAGUUAAUGUUGUAAAAAUAGGUUUGAAGCAAAUCUGUACAUAAUUGAAAAAGAGAAAUCGAGCAAACGCAACGCAAUGUCACUGCAACAUGUUCAUAACCCUUUGCCGGGCAGCAAGCAAAACACUUCUACAGGCCAGGACGAAACAACUGCACUAGGAUGUGAAUGGAAGUAAAAUAGGGAGGGAAAACAAAAACAAGUCAAAACUCAAAGACAGCAGAAGACAGAGAAAUCUUACUAUAUAUAUAUAUAUACAUAGAUCUAUAUACAAAACAUAUAUUUACCUACUAAGAAAUUAGUGUGUAAAAACAAAACAUCGGCACAGAUAAACAGCAUUCAUUCCGUACUUCAUAUGAUGAGUGUGGAGCAGUGCAGGAAUGAAUGUGAAAUCUAAUGGCUGAGCGAAUUUAAUUCGAUGUGAAGGCUGUCGACGAACGUUGACUGUGUAUGGCCCGGCCGAUGACGAUGUGGUAGUCGGAUGAGCGAGUGUACAUUGCAAUGGUGGAUUGUUAUACGAAGCGUUUGUGGAGGAAAAGGGUCUGCAGGUGUGCUAAAGCGGUGCGGAAAGUCCAGUAGCACGAGAUACGAGAGCCAAUACAAAGAUAAGCCGUCAAAGCAAAGCAAAAAACAAAACGGAAAGUGUAAGAAAAAGAGACGAAAAGGUUGAAGAAGCAAACCAAUACUAUUAAAUUGAGAAACAAAAACCCUUCAACACACGCUACACACGUUUCACACAUUUUCACACACACACACAAACCAGAACACGUUCAAACACUACACUCAAACAUUGAUACAGAUCAUGUAGGUAAAUAGGUGUAUGAAAUGGAUGUACAUUCUUUUCUUCUACACUGUAAAAAUAACAACAAUAACAACAACAACAAUCAAAACAAACUGUAAACAGCCUCCACCCAGUAUCAAGCAAAUAGUGGAAGCAGAAAGAGCGACUUUUAGUUUAGUGCGUGAGCGCGUUUUUGGUUAAGUGUAUCCCUUGUCAUGUCUAAAUUGUCUAAGCCCAUCGUUUGGUUGCACAAUUCAUUUCCGGUUGUUUAUUUUUGCAUCUAACGUUAAUCCAUCUGUGGAACAGAGAGCGAAAGAAAAACAGGCCAUUUCACGUGUAAGCCAACAGCUCAAUCAAACAACCUUUUGCAAACGUUUUAUCUAAGGGAUACACAUGUCCACCUAAAACCAUCCUCGUGUUUCAACCUCAAACACACACACACAUAUACACAUACACAUACACACAAACACAUCACAAGAACAUCGUCAUCAUCACACAGACACUUGAGGAGGAAAACUAUUCUCAUGGACAAGGCAGCUAUAUUAUUGUAUAGAUAAGUCAGGAGUUUAAGAAACCAACCAAUAAGAGCAACACAAACAAGUAAACUCUUUAACUAGAUCCUUAUAGUGCUAGAUACCGUUGCCGGUGUAAGUGAACGAUACAAGGAGGCUACAGCCCGGCCCAAACCCCCGGCGAGAGUAGUGAGCUGUUGGUGGUUUGGGUCGAAACAGAAAGGCCGAGGCCGUCCGGGUUGACGAUUAAAUCGCACGAAACCAUAUACACACACACACAUACGAACGCCCGGAGCGGGAGCAUGAAGUGUACCAGAGCUAACGGAAAACAAUGAAGAGCAACUAAAACACACACACACACAAAAAAACAAACAACUAUGACUGAAUGAUAUCAAUAUUUCUAAUCGACCAUCAGUGAAAACGCACGCGCACACCCACACUGGAAAGGAAUGUUGAUGUUGUUAUUUUUAACUUGUUUUGGUUUGAUUUAUUUCUUUUAACUUGUUAUGCUAUUUGAGCGUAGCGUGAGACUCUUUUUUGUUUAUCAAAUCAAAUUCAGGAAAAAAAAGUCUUUGUUUAUUUCAUUUACUCUCAACAUUGAUUUUUUUCAAUGAUUUGACUUUUGCUUAUGUCCUUGUAUUUUAUUUAAAAUUUAUUUAUUUAUUUUUAUUUAUAAUUCAUUCAAACGCACUAAAAAGCAAACACAUGUGUACGUGCGUGUGCAAGCGUGUGCGCGUGCGUGCGUGUGUGUGUGCCGACGCACAUGUAAAUCAGCGAAAAGCAACAAUUCCACUAAACGUUAGUGUUAAAGAGUUCGUAUCCGAACAAUUGAACAUACCGGGCACAUCUUACCAAUACACCCCUGCCCCUCCCCUAUGGGUUGUAAACACACAUAGUGCGAACGUCAAUUCUAUGUGUUCAACGCAUACGCCGCAAUUAUGAUUGUUUACCCAAAAGCGAGCGAACCGUAAGGCCCCCCUUUCCUAGGUUGAUUUUGGGUUAGUUACAAGCCUACUAGCCCCACCCGAUCCCUCCCUCACUGCAUGUAAAUUGAGCAAAGCAUAUAGAAUCAUGCGGAUAUGAUACAGCUUUCAUAAAGCGCCUGUAAAACGAAUGCCAGCAAGCCCCGACAGCUAGCUCUCCCGGGGAGAGAGGUGAACAGUGUUUCAAAACGUUUUUACCCGCUUGUUUGUGGCACAUCCAAACGCACACAGGACGAUAGAGAAGAGAAGAAGUAACAAAAAAAACGAAACUAAAAACAUAUAUUUCUUAAAAACCAUCAACCACUGUGUACACAUGUCAUCCACUCCUAGGUUACGAGAGCAAAGAAAAAAAAGAAAGAGAGCGAACAAGUGGAGAGAGAGAAAAACGAAGAAAUUAAGUAAAACAGAAAACCAAACGAACUUUACAAAAAUCACGCUCACCAAAGCAUUACUUAUAAAUGUCUAUUUGCACAAUAUUAUCUAGACACACAUACACCAACACACACACACAUUCAAACCAAACAAGAACAAAUUAUUAAACAGUAAAUAUUGACGAUAGAGAACCAUGGCACACUGUGGUUCACAGACACAGUUGCGGUGCGAAGGACUAAAGCAGGCAAAAGCGAAAUAGAUGCCCUUGAGAAAAAACGAUGCAGCAAACCAAAGGGACAAUGCACCCGCCACUGUCCAGUAUCAUCUGUUCUCUCUGUCUCUCCCCCCUAACACUAAUACUGCAGAAGUUACAAAGUCACACUACAAAAGCUAGACCGAUAGGAUGCAUAGGGCUUUGGUGUAACGGCGACAGGAGCGCGAGCCCAUCGGCACUGCAGGAGCAAACAGGCACAACGAGCACGAGCCAGUGGUCGCAGAACGCAGAACAAACGGCUCAAGUAUUGAACGGCAGCACAUCAACGCGUCGAAUCCAGGUGUGCCGUGCGCGUCCGUACAGUGUGAACAAGUGAACAGAAAGGCUGCGUCCGGAGGGAGUGCAUCAGCCGCGCGCAGCCAAAGUGUCAGUGAUUGCGACGGGAGCGACAAAACCAGCAACAACUCAACCCAUCACCACCAUCACCAGCGCCAGUGGUGAUAAUACGUCAAACGUUUCCAAGUGUAGCGCUACACACGGGUGUGUUGUGAUGAAACGUUGCGCAGCGCGGCAACAGUAGCGACAAAACAGUUUGCUAGCUUAAGACAGUAUUUGGGUUAACUAUUUUAAUCUACCUAUGAAUUAAGUUGCGGUUGAGAAGCGUUUUAAUUUAGUCGUUAAACCUCGUUAAAACAUGCAAACGCACGAGCAAAUGUUGAACGCUGCGAAUUCAUUCCACUGAUGUGUCUUAAGUCAAUGCCUGAACAAAACCAAAACACAUACGCCUACGGUCCCAUUCGCCAUUCACUCACUCACACCGCAUUCGCUGUCCCAUAUCAUCUUCUGUUAUUUGCAUUUACGGCAUUACAGCAGCAGCAAGAGAAGCGGGGAGAAAAGCAUUACAACAAAUCACAUUCCACUCACUCUCAUUCCACCUGCACCUGAAUGUUCUCUUGUUUUACUGUAACUGUCUAUUGGUUUUGCCUUCUCGUUUCACACUUAUAUCUUGUGUCUGUCUGUCUCUUUCUCGUUGCAAAACAAAAAAUCACAUUGUAUGUUGCUGUUAUCGAUGUUGUUACUGUUGGUUGCAUGAGGCAUAGAAGGAGUUACUGCGAAGGUAGGAGAAACUGCGUCCUUUUUCUUCAAUGUGGCUCACUAAAUUGUUCCCCAGUAUUUUUGUUUUUUUUUUUGUUUCAUUGCGUUAUUGUUUUUUUUGGUUUAAGUUCUUCUAAAGAACCGUAUCAAUUGAUAAAACUGCUCUAGCGACCGUGGCCUACCUUGAUUGUUGCGUUAGCCCUUUUGGACGCCAUUGGAGCAACAACCACCAAAACAAAAAAACAAAAACUCCGGCAGCAUGAUGAAACAUCAUUCUCGAGUGUGUAUAUCAGUCACACGUGUCGCCGGCUUUUGGAAAACUCUAGCGCAUCUAGCUAGGUGCAUGGGGAGACAGAAGCAAACAAACAACGUGAUUUCAUUGCUUGGGAGCCCAUACUGACCCGUGUGGAUUGUUUUUGUGUUUGUUGUUUUAGUUUGGUCAGAUAACCUGAGUGUGCUUCUGUGGAAGGAGAUGAAAACGGAACCAGCUUCUGCGCAAGCGCAUUAGCGAUUGUACUGUGGAUUAGAGCUAUAAAAAACAAAAUGAUUAUCAUAUUCUUUUUUGUUUGUCUAGCUGGUUCCUCUGGUCUCCCUCGAAGUGAAAAAUCAUGAAAGAAUGAUUAAGCAAAUAAAACAAGUAAAAAUUAUAAUGAAAAGACUGACUUAGUAGACCCGCAGUUGAACGCGCAACACACCUACCCCGCUAAUUCGCGAACACACAACACUCAUGUGGGGGAGGGAAAAAGGAGAAAGAGAGAGAGAGAGAGAGCAACCGAAAUCGAUAAAAAAACAAUGUAGCUAGCCAGAGUAUAAACAAUAGCCCAUUAUCUACCGUGGGUGUUUUUUAAAGCUCAUCACUAUUAAGUAUUUAGCAAAAACAGGAGGGGUCGAGUGCAUGCUGGCAACACAGGAGACGGCGGGCAGGUUCGUCGUCUACGCUGCGCACAUGCAAUCACGCUGCCCCGGGCCUGAUGCACGCUUCAACCUUGCAAGCAUCCGAGAGUAUUAGGUGGGGAGGGUUAAAAAAUGCAACCUCCAUCAAUUCAUGCAUCGCGCCUGCACCCUCAGCACUCAGCAAUCAUAGCAAUAACGUUUGAUCUCGUUGCGUGCGUUAAUGAAGCGCGUUUGUUGAUUUUUUUUUUUUUUUUGGAGACUGUUCCCUGAAACACAGCUUAACAGGCGACCUUAAACUCGAACGACGAUGGGACGUUAGAGUUCUUUAUUGAUGGGCGCCUUUGCAGCCAACUGUGGUCGCAAAGUAACGGCAUGAGAGAUGGAAAACAUCCAAACACAUCUCUCAUUUUGUCGCUUUGCACGAUGGGCUCCCAAACAAUGAACACACAUAAGAGGGGGAAGAAGAGGAAACGAAUCACCAGAAGACUGGGUAAACAUUAAAAGUAAAUGAUUAACGUUUAAAAACAAAACACGGGAAAAUAGCAUGCAUUGAAACACAAAACGAGAACGGGAACUACGUACGUUUAACUGUGUCUAAUAAGGAGGAGAAAAAAACACUGCAGGAGAAGGUUGGGAAACACGUUCUCCUGUUUCGUUUUUGAAUGGAAAUAUUUGUUAUAUAUUGACAGUACGGCAAUGCUACUGAUAUCAGCGCAAAAGUGAUUAAAACACGGUGUAAAGGGGAAAAGUAAACCAACCACUUCAAUGCGGACACAGAGAAAACACACACACAAACACACAAGUUAAAAGCGAAAAAAGGAGAAAGUAAACUGCAACAAAAAAAACACAGAAAUAAAAAAAACACACAAGCCAAAGGCAACCUACAAUCAUCGAUACUUAAGUAGCCCUUUUAAGUGUCAAACAAGCGCAAAACAAAACGAACAAAAACUGAUGCAACAAUGUGAAUGCGGUGAAAGUAGAGGAAAACAAAACGCGAACGUUACUAAAACACCUAAAAAUCAGAUGUAAAAACUGGAUGUGUUUGUGUGCAACGGUCGCGAACAAAAGGGUGAAGCAAAACAAAAAAAAACUAACAAACAAAAGGCCUAAGCUAACAAGAACAAAACACACACACACAAUUGCAUACACAUUGGAGGCUUGUCAACAAAAUGAAGCACACAAACACACCCCCUAAAACGGUUCGCAAACAAGCAGCAAAAAACAAAAACAAUGUAAAUGCGAGAUACGAGAUAGCAAGAGGAUAGCAAAAGAUGAGAGGACAAUUGUUGCAAUGGUGUGAAAAGGGCAACCCAGGCAGUCGGGUAGAAAAACAGAAAAGAGAGAGAGAUAGAAAGAGAGAAAGAGAGAAAGAAAAAAAAAGAGAAAGAGAGUACGAGUAACAAGGCAAUGGCAACUGGAAAAGAAAACAUAUAAACUAAUUUAGAUAUAAUAAAUAUAUUAAAAUAAAAAUACGAAGAAAAAAAACAAACAAACAAACAAACAUUACUUUCGAUGGUUUGAUUUUGUUGUUAUUGGUUUUUCCUGUUUUUGUUUUGUUGUUGUUGUUUUUUUUUUGAAAAAAAAAAACGUUUUUUCUCUUCUUUUUCGGAACCACUAAAACGCUGGACGAAGGAAUGGGUAAAAAAACAGCGGUCGCCUCAAAAUCAAACAGGCAAAUGGAAAGGGAAAGUCGAGCUUUACUUUGUAAAUUAUGAUUUUGUUUUUCUCCGAGCCCAUAAGCAUAACUUUCCGGGGGAGGGGGGGCAAAAUGUUCCUCUUGUGCUGCCGCUUCCACCACCAUCACCACCAACCACUACUCUUCCCUCUCACCCGCCAAACAUCAAUAGUAGCAACGCGUACAGUAGACGCACUGGAGUCAUCUCAUGCCUCGCACGUUUGCCGGCAAAAUGGGGUGUUUUUUGUGCCGCCUUACCGAACUGUCCACUCAAAUGCACUCUUCUGGGGGUUUUUUGUUCUCUUUCUACCUUUUUCCGCUCGUUUCCAUACCACGUACCACGCACCCAGCAUGCCCAAAAGCACUGUAUUAAAAGCACCAGCACAAUGCAUAUGUUUGUACUGUACUCACUGUAUUUCGCAUUACAUCAACCACCACCACCACCACCAACACAUUAUCACCACCGACCGAGACAAUGAUUGUGUAGAUACGAACGAAUGAGAAAACAAAAUCGAAUGAGAAGCAAACGAAUGUGUCGAAAAUUCAAACAGGAGCAUCGAGGCUCGUGGCUUUACGCUGAAGUGUAAUGGGAUGGAGAGCAUACGCUUCACACUUUCAUACAAAAGCAGCAUGUAACGGCAGCUUCAUUUAACUCCGAUGCUUCGAUGGGUUGUUGUGUUGUUGUGAAACAAUGCUGUAAUCUUAGCCAAACACCGUCGACGUGGAAAAGGUAGCCCACCAGGGGUAGAUUGGAAGGGAACUGUAGUGGCACAAUAUGCACCGCAGAAAACACACUGGAGGAAGAAACAGGAGCGGCGUGCAACGCUGGAUGUGCGUGCGUGUGGUUGUAUGUGUGUGAUUCGAUCGGUAGAGAAUUGCUGAUGGUGCUCUUCACGGCGGGGAAUUAUGACGGGUCGUGUACGAGCGCAAGUCCAAAAGUCAGUGUUUGUUAACUACGCUUUCGUGGUGCGAUUUAUAACGCUGGCUAACCACACUCCGCACCAGGGGCACCAGGUGAGCGUGUCGCAUCUUCUCCAACGUUUCGAACCAAAUUUCCACUCAACGCAAAUCCUUGUGGAAGCCCAUUUUUUAACAUCCUUCCACCCAACUCACAUCCAAUCAGGAAAGUGAAGCAAGAAACCGUGUGCGUUAAUGCAACACGAAGAAGAAGAAAAAAAGGCGGUAGGUUUUGAUUGUUAUCGCCGGCUGACUUUCGUUUGACAGCAAAGGACAAUUUUUCAUCAAAUACCCUUCAUCAACGUUGGGUAUUCGUAAGGGGGAUUGCUCAAAAGAAAGUUCAACAAACUCCAGCGGUGAGAAGUGUGUUUCAUUUUUUGUCCGUCUCGGUGUGCUAGAAGUGCUUAGCAAAAAAAAAUUAAAUCCUUUUUUCACUCGCUUCCCUCUGUAUGGAUUCGUUACCAUAUCCAGACGGUCACACACACACACACACACACAUACGAGCGAAAUAAACCCAAUUUUGAUUGGGUCCGGAAGCUUUAUCCUUUCACCUUUGCUCUUUGCACGGCCAACCAAUGGAGAGAGGGCUGGCUGGCUCGCAGACGAGCUGGAGAGAUUGUUUUGUUUGACCUGUUGUUUCACAACACGGGCGGCAGGCAGGCAGGCAGGGCACAAAACAGAUUGCGGUUGCCAUGGUGUAAUCAAGUAGGUAAAAAUGGUUAGCUGGGAAAAUGGGGAUUAUCCCAUGAUUUUGUUGCGAUCGUUGGCAAGAUGAGAAUAAAUUGUAUUUCCUGUCCAAUACGCAAUCCUUAUCGCUCUUUUUUCCCUUGGGGUGAUUGGUUUUUAUUUGGCAGUGGCUAUCGUUAGCAACUCGUUUCAUGCUGGACAGCCAAGCAUUACCAAUUGCUUUGGUAUUGUAAAAUAAGAAGUUUAAUUCACAAUUUCUGUUACAAAUUAUGGUGAAUGAAGAACUAUGAAAGGAUUUGUUUUAUUUCGUUUAUGCUUUAAAUCAUUGAGUUUCAUUAGAUUUAACUCUCCUUCUUUAAGAUCCUUUUUUAAUUGAGUGGAACGGUCUCCAAAAAGCCCAAUCCUAUUUCAAAGAAAGCAAAUAUACCCAAAUAUUAAAGUUAUUUUGAAAUUGAGCAUCAUUGCGAAUCGUUCGGCCUAUCAGGUGCACAAUCACAAAUCACGUUUACUGCCCACUAAUUGUUACUGCCGAGAUAAAGCAUUCUCACCUAAUGCCUAUCAUCAACACCAAUAAUAUACGACCAUUUCCUCGCCUAUAUACACGAAUUCGCGUUGGCGCACUUUCUUUCUAUUUAAUUUAAAUUAAGCGCACCCACCUCCUUAAAACAAUUCCGCCAAGUAUCGCCCACGGCAAGGAUUCACCUUCACUGGGCUGGGCUGAUAAGAUCAGAGUUGGUUUAUCAUCCUUUUGCAAAGCAAGCCUCGUUGCCCCGUUACGCUCCGCCCCGGCUUGGGCUCGGGCGAACAUUACACGCCAUUUCUGGACCUGGACCUUUCCAGCCUGUACACACGCCGGGUACACGCGGAUCGCUCGAGGACACGGCUAAACACACUAAUCAGAUUUAGCCGCCGUUGUUAAGCUGGACAAGGGGCCGAAAGCGCAACGCGUAGCCUAGCGUUGGCACAAUGUCACCGCGGUGUAGGCCAAGUUUGGAGGAGAUUCUUAUGCUUCGCUGCUUUCCCUAUUUCUGCUCCAAGUUAACGAUGAAACUUCCUCAUUUCAUUACAAAACCCGGCGCCAAAAGCGCACCAAGCAAAACUAAUCAAACUUUGCUGGUUGUGCGAUGGUUGGUAGUGCAAACCUCUUUUUGUGCAUAAUUGAUACAGUAUCAGGGAAGAAGUUUGAUUUCAGUGGGUUGAAUUUUUAGCUGAUUGUGGUUAAUUCAAAGUUCGAAUAAAACCGCAAUGUUUCAAAAACAAUAAUUAAUGCAAUAGAAAAGCGCAUCGAACAGUACAUCCCUAAAAAAUCGUUCCAAGAGUCCUAAUACUAUCAUUAAAAAUUAUUUAACAUUAAUGGCUUCUUCACGGAACUGUUUAAUUACAAGUCAAUUCGCUCCGUCUCCAUGCCGGUGCAAAUUAAAAGCCAGGAAGCCAAUCUUUUGCCGAUGCACACAACUUACACUAAUUAAAACUUUUGCAAACUGGUUUCCCUUAAUUGCCCCUUGCACCGUGCCGGUUCCGGUUCGGAUGGCUUCACGGUUCGGUCGUCAAUCGCGCAAGUUUACCAUUUUCAUGCACCCUUAGUUUAACAGGACUCCUCUCUCCCUCUCUUUCUCUCUUCUCUCUCUCUCUACUAAGCGAUAAUUUUACAUGCUUUCACGCUCCCCGGGAAAAUCGAAGCACGUGGGUACUUUUCAACCUCCGCCGAUCGCCAAAACCCUGCGACCGCGCGGUCCUCGGCAGGUAAACCGCACAUCAGUUUGCAUUAAUGGGCAAGCUAAAGGGUUCGUGCCGCAGAGCAUGCGGCAUCAGAUUAACUAUCCAGAUUUAAUCCCAUUACUUCCAACAAACUUUGCCCUAAAUCAUGCGCCUCGUAAAAACACAAACCCAACCGGCCAAAUGAAACGGGUCUGGGUCGCACCAACCGGACGUUGCGUUAAAUCGUGCUUUAAAUAUUCCCUGCUCUAUAGAGCACCGAUGAAGCAAAUGCGUUUUACCGUUUAAGCACUUUUUCUUGUAAUUGUUAUUUUCUUUCUUUUGAACUUUAGUAAAUCAUUCAUUUUAGGAUAAAUUUUUUAACAUGUAAACUGAUUUUGUGCUGUAAGUUAUGGUGCUACGGUUCUUAGAGUGGAUCUGCUCCGUGAACAGUUCAACUAAAUUGCACAUACAUUACACGCAAAGGAGUUGAGCAUCGUUUUACUUCCCUUUUUUUACUGAACAUUUAAGUUUUGUGUUCCAUAAGCAAACCUUCAGUAUUGUUUUACAGUUUUACAGUGUUACAGUCGUUGCCAAUACAUUUUUGCUUUAACUCACCUUUGUUUGUUUCUAAGGUGCCAAUUUUUGACCCCGUGUUACAAGUUUUGGCUCCACGGCAUUCAUUUUUGGUAGUAAGCAUCAAUUUUGGAAUCUAAGGCAUCAACUUUUGACUACAAGUCAAUUGUUUUGUGAACUAAAUUUACCUAUUACCUGAAACUGUGAGUCCCACAAUGGUUGAAUAUAAAUUGAGUAGUUAAUAAUUCCAUACAUAGAAUUUGAAUUAUAAUAAUUGUUAUAUCAAUUUUGGAGGUUUUAAUGGACUGCAAAAAGUUGACUUGUAUUUUCAGAUGUAAACAAUGGAUUUAGAAUUCAAUUACAAAAUUUGACGGCCACCACUGUAAGUCUGUUUGAUUUUUGCUAAGCCGGUUCAAAUACUAUUCAUAGUUAUCAAAUGACAUAUCUUAAUUAAAACAUUAAUUGUGCAUUUCAGUUCAAAACGGUUAUUAACUUUCUUAAUCGGCGCUGCAGCCGCUUUGUAUUCUUGGCCUGCCUCAGGAGUGUCCGAAACCGCUCACGGUCUCGAGUCAAUACGUAAUCUCGGCCUUAAUGGCGAACGCCUCCACGCCACCUCAAUUUAGGCUCUUCUGUCCUUGUGGACGGCCUAAAAAGACUUAAAGGCUGGAUAGUCGGUUAGCAUACGUACAACAUGGCUAGCCCACCGGAGCCUGGCGAGCUUGAUACGCUGCACGAUAGUGAGGUGCUGUACAUCUCGUAUAGCAAGUCAUUAUAACGGCUCCUUAAUUGUCCUUCCAUACAUACGAGGCCAAGUAUCCUUCUGAGCAUCUUCCUCUCGAACGCGGCUAAGAGGGUUUCGUCAGAUUUGGACAGUGUCCAUGUCUCAGAGGCGUAUGUGAGUACUGGAACUAUAUAGGUACUAUAUAGUCCCAGCUUCGUCCGUCGAAACAGGUUCUUUGAGGUGAACUGAUUUUUCAGGCUGUAGAAUGACCGGUUGGCAGCCAGCAUCCUUGCGCACAACUCAGCUACCAUGCUAUUGUCGUUGUUGACCUUUGAGAUAGGUGAAUUCUGGGACGUCUUCAAAAGUGCGUUCACCUAUCUGUGCGAAACAUCUAUCUUCGUAUCUUGGCGUAGCAGACUUUCGAACCUUAAUUCAAUACUACGUAGCCGGAGAGUCAGUUCUUGCCAGGGAGGGACGGUCCAUUCUAGGCUUGAACCCAUUACUGGAAUGUUAUUGAGUCACACGAGUUAACUACUGUACCACGAGACCGCCCUAUAAAACUGAUAUCUACUUAACAGUUUUCGUAUCGUUUCACGUCGGUUGAGAGGCGUUAUCUACACUUUAACUUCGAUUUACUUCAAAAUAUCACAUUUAAAACAUGGCUCAAUGCAUUUUUUUAACAAAUAUUCUCCAUUUUCUGUUUUGAAUCAUUCUUAUAAAUAAUCUUUCAAUCAUUUAAGAGACCCUUAAAAUCACAAAAAUUAUCAAAAAAUUACACAUAAAUUAUAAAGUAGCCACCUGAGUACCAUUUACUACCGAAAACAUGAAGAUAGAAUCCUCAUUUCAUAGUCAUGCCGAUCUGAACAAGACAAAACAAAAAUCAACCCACAGCAGCCAACUUCCAAUCCACACAGGCACACCGGCGUAAAACCAACCAAACAGGAAGAAGCAAGCAAAUAUCGAACACUGCCACGAGUACAAUAAUUGCAUACCUUCCUUUCACAACGGCACAGCCACCAACAUCCGCCUUCGGCCGCAUAAACUGUGUUGCGUUGUAUUGGAACAAACAUGAUCUCAUAAUUUGGUAGUCAACUGUAUUGUAGUAUUCAUCAACAAAAAGAAGAAAAAAAGGAAUAAAAAAAGAAUAAAAAGUAUAAAAUGCAUUUGCAAAAAAAAGCAAACCAAAAACAUUAGAAAAACAAGAUGUUGUACGUCAAUCACUUUACUCAAACACAUUUAAACGUGAGCUCUCUCUCUCUAUCUCAAUCUCUCUCACUCUUGCUGAGGAGGUGGAGGGGAGUUCAGCGUAACUUAUUAGCAAAAUGAAUAUUUAACGCAUCAUGUCAAUUGUACUAUUAGAGCAUUAGACGGCAAAGUUUGAAAUUGGAAAAGCAAACGAAAACACAGCGUGCGUGUGUGCGGUUGUGUGCAUGCUGAGUAAUAGCUGCGUAGGCAAGCUGCGUUUGAUGGGUGGGUAAGCGUGACAGUUUGUUCAGCAGCAUAACGGAUGGAACACAACUGCCGCCAGGCAGACAGGAACUUUGGGCAAAACGGAUUACUGGUACAAACUGUUCACUGGAUGGUAAGAACAAUGAGACACCUCGGCAAACUUUGAAAGCACACACGCACCCGGCGGGCAGGUACCCGCCGAUCCAAGACCAACGCGCGGGACUGCAACCCGAGCUUCGCUUGCGCAUUUGUGCGGCGUAUAUUUUGAUAUUGGCUUUGGCAAAACAAACAUAAAUGCAUCACUGUAGCUGCAGCUAGUUUUUGGAUGAACUUAGGAAGCGGAAGAGUGGAAGAUAUUUGUAGAAGCAGUAGGGUUAAGGUGCGAGAUUAAUUGUACUGUAUUGUAAUGUGUCGUAGACAAAGCGUAAACAUUGUAUUUGUACUUUGCUGUAGAUGUAGUGGACUAUAACCGUUGACCAGUGACGAUGGACAGGCUAGAGAGUGUAUUGCAUGAUAAUUAAAUUGUUUCAAAUCCAUUUGUUUCAACAUACAGUCGUGCAGUGCCGGAUAAUGUGUGUAUGUGUGUAAGGAACUGUGCCACAAGGGGAAAGGGGCUACCAUUAUCGUGCUUAAUUUGUACGAGCCAUCCCGCAGCUCGGUUAGAGCCAAAUCAGGCCGCAGCUUGGCAGGAUACUCUCGUAUAGGCCGUGUUUGUUGCUUUCUCUUCCUGUUUGAUGGUUGAAUCGUCAUUGUUGCUUUAAUUAAAUCUUCUCAAUACUUGUAUCAUUUGCAAAAGCCAUUCAACAAAACAGCCACUGAAGUGAAGCUCUUACAUCAAGCUCACGCACUCAGUUAGACAAACAACUACAAUCUCGAGUGAAUAUCACCACUCAACACACACCCUCCUGUGCCCAGUAUUGAUGUGAUAAUGUUUUCGAAACUUACCACUGGGAGCGCUUCAUCCCUUUCGCACAGCAACAACGAAGGAACCUAAACGGUUGCUGUGCGCCCGUAACAUCUUGGGUGAAGCGCCCGUACACAACACAGCCGGUGACACUUUCUCUUGCUCGAGGCAUCCGGCCAACCGUGCGCCCGGUUUUGGGUAAGAAACGAUAGACACAAACACAACACACACAUACACACACAGAGCAAAGUAAAUUUAACAAACCCAUCGACGGAAGUCGUGUAACUAACGUUGACUGGACUGGACGCAAGCUUGACCAUGCCUCGACCGUGCGACGAAAGUGUCAGCGAAACAUUGAAAACUUAUCUGGAGCCACUAGUAUGCUGGGUAUGGUUUGGGUGUGCCGGGUGGGUUUUUGCUCGUAUGCUCGUAAAGCAACUGCACGUUACGUGGAAUAACUUGAGCGUAUGUUGAACAAACAUUAAACAGCAUAAAGCUAUUCAGUUCUUACUACAUAAAUUUGGACCAAAUGUAACAAUUAUAAGCGAUUGAUGUAUUUUGUUCCAAAUUGGCAUUGCAAAUACACAUAAAUCUGCAAGGUAAACCAGCACUUUCAAAGAUAUGAUGCUGUUGGGUUGAUCAAAAUGUUUUGUCAGAUGUCAAUGACUUUAAGAUUAGCACAGCUGUUUUAAACAAAAUUAGAAACAUUCAUAAUUUGCAACUGCAACGCAGCCAACCGCAAAGACUAACCCUGAUUUGCCUAAAACAAAUCUCAAACGUUUUGAUUGUACGAUUGGCCAUAGGUGCUAAGAUUGCUAUUGUUUACUGCUUAGUUUUAAGACUGUUUGACCAUUAAAUCAAUUAAUGUUAUAAGUACCUAACAACAUUUGAGUCGAUCUUAUAUCAGUACAAUUAUAUGCCAAGGGUGUAUUCAGCUUAGAAACAGAUAUAUUAAAAUUAAACUAAUAAUUAUUGCAUUUAAUACAACUAAUAAGGUUCGUAAAUGGUAAUUAGCGUGUGUAAAGAUUAAACCUAAAGCCUUCUUAAUUUUCUAACUGAUUUAAAAUUUACGCUUUUUUGUAUGUUCUAAACUUAACCUUGAAUUGCUGCACAAAACAUCGAACUUUCUUUUAUAUAAUUGUUUCCUUACCCUCACUGACACUGUCAAUCCACCAGCCAAUCAAGCAUAUUACCACUUCGAAGUGAUUCACCGCACUAGAUGCGCACCAGAGGAGCACAUGUGCACCAUCCAUUGGUCCAUUCCAUCGACACGCAGCUUCCCUCUCUCUCUCAAUUUCACACACACAUACACACACACCUUCGUUAAUGUCACCGCACUCAGCGGCGGCUGCCCGUUGGAAAACUUUCAUAAACUUAUCAUUCAUAAAUGAUUCAUGAUCUGCUUAUGCACACGGUUCCUUCCAAGCUGGCAAGCGUCGCUUCGGCAGUGGCGAGACAUAGCGGGAGGCCACAACUUUUGCAUUCCGACCCCUUUCGCCCCAAUCACCCCUCGAUUUCGCUCGAUUUGAGAUGAAACAACAUGGAGCGGGUGAGACACAGCUAGUGGGAGCUAAGAGUUGUGUCUCACUGGUUCCCUUUUGCUAGUCGAUCCAUUUUAUUCAUCGGAAUGCUUUUGCCAGCGGGCUGGGUGUAAGGGUGGCUGUGGUAUUGCAAUACUUUUACCCUCUUACCCGGUUUCACACCACCACCAACGCCCUCAACGUUCUCAACCGACGUACACAUUAUGAGCUACCGAUCGUGAUCGGGAAGUGCUCCCCGUUCUGCUUCAUUUUAGUUGUGUAUCGGCCACAACCAUCCUCCCCUUACCGACACCUCCGACAGGAGAAGGUGGACUUGAUUGGUCCACUGGUCGAAAGGUUUUGCAGCAAAACUUCAUGCUGCUGGCACUCUACAAAACCCCCCGGCACACACCGGUUGGUUUCGUUGCUGCUCACUAAGCCGCUCGUGCUGCGUUUUGCUGCAGCGUUCUAGACAGGCGGACGUUUCUGACAACUUUUCGCCAACUGGUUUCGCUAUUUAUUCCACGUCGUACACAGAGGGAUGGGGAGAUGUUUGGGGAGAACUAUUGGAUGCCGCAAGCAACGUUUGUGAGCUUAUUUUGUUGUUGUCUAUAACGCCAUUUGUGUGGCGUUUUAAUGCUUUGCAGCCGUGCCGAAGAUGUACACUUUAGCGCGUGGCAAUUUAGCGCUGCAUUUUAGAACGGUGCUUUUCUUUUUUGCAGCGCUUAUUUUGAAUGCUAGUGAACGGUUUUGAUGUUUAUAUUUAAAUUAGCAGUUUUAUUUGCUGCAAAUAGUGCAAUAUUUUACUUUUUUGCAAAGAGCAUACUUGUACUCUUUCCAUGCAGCCAACAACGCUUCAAAACUUUGUUUUUUUUUGUAUUUUUUUUUUUUCAUUUAUUUAAUAUCACAAACUCAAAUAUAGUCUAUAUACCUAAAUGGAUGUAAAACACAUCUCAUGCAACGCCAUUAUUCAAAUUUUGCUUACGAAUUUACAGCAGUUGCAUGAUGGCAGCCAAUAAAUCGUUGAAAUUUUUCUCUCCUAAUUUCAAGGAGCAGAAUCAGUUAGGGCUGGUCUCGUUGUACAGACGUCAACUCAUAUUACUUCACAACAUGACCGUCUUGGGUUCAAGCCCCUAAUGCACCAUACCCUCAUACGUAGGGCUGACUAUCCUGCUUUGGGUAAAGCAAUAAAUCACUGAAACCCAAGCGCACUAAUGGUACAGGCGGGCCUUGGCCGACACCGGUUGUGUUGGUACCAUAGAAGAAGAGAAAAAGAAGAAUCAGUCAACACUUCUCAUAUUUUCAUUUUUGGAAUGAAUUUUAUUAUUAUAGAUGUUCAUAUUUCCUUGCAUUCAUGCAUUCUAAUCUCCUAUAAAACUGACGAUAUAUUUAGAACGUUGAAUAUAUUGAGUGUCUUUCAGGUCGUAUUAAUAAUUGUUUACAAGAAAAAAAUGUAUAUUUUCCAUUAUAUUUAUUACCAUCGGACCAUCGAUCAAUCUGAUAAAAAUAAACAAUUUUUGUGCGUAUAAAACUAUAAAAAAUUAAAUCUAUUUUACAGUCGUUUUACCUAUUAUUGUAUGUAAAUCUACAAUUUUGGACUCUUUUAGUAAUCAUAAUAAUUUUACUAAAACAUUUGGGCAGAUUUAUGACAAUUUGCAAUUUUACAUCACAUAAGCACUACAAAAACCGUAUAAUUUGAUUAUUUUGUGUGAAAAAGUUUAGAAAUUCAAUUAAAUAACAACAGCUUGUUUACUCCUGAGAAUACAAGAUUUUUCCACUCCAUUACAAAUUUAAAAAUUGGUAGAACAAUUUUAUUAUUAUAAAUUAUAUAAAUUAAAUGUUCAAUUACCUAACCUUAACUGAAUUAUUUUGGAAUACACACUUUCUGAUAUUUUGUUAAAUUUUAUUAAUAAAGCGAUAGACUUACCGUCAAAAUUUGAAGCCUAGGAGACAAACAUUGUGACACGCUGGCAACAAUUGGUGCAUUAAAAGCAAAAAUAGGUGGGCUAGAGCCAACAUUUAGUGGCAACUACUGUAAUGAUUCUACCCUCAAACAACAAAGUGCUGUGCUCAUCUUUAGACUGUGGUUUUCUAUUUCAAUUAUGAGUCCCACUCAAAAUUCCUUAAUGACACUUUUGUACUACAUUUUUAUCCCUUAUGGUCGUAUUUUAAAAUCCAUUUUAAGAGGUACGAAAUCGUAAUUUUUGCUUUAAAUUAGACUAAUUUACUAAUUUAGUGGCUACCUUUUCCAGUUACAUUAUAACAAAAUUAGCUAUAAUUUGACUGGAAACCAAUAAAUUUGACGUACACUAAUAUUCAAGAUACGGUGCUACCUCCAGUCUGCAUUAGUAGCGUAUAUCGAGUAAUACAUGUACUAUACUUUUCAAUUAUAACUGUAUCAUGACAUUGGUCUAUUCAAUGGCAAAAUUUACAUUUCGUUUACGAUAAAAUUAAUAAAACCUUAAUUAUAAACAUUCCGCUACAAUUAUAUUCCAAAUUUAAAGCUACAAUUAUAUUCCUUCAAUCCCUUAUUGAUCCACAAAAUACAAUCGAUUACAACUGACCGAUAAAUUAAUUAUCAAAAUCAUUCCACGCACUAAACAUGCACAACCGCAGCAUAAUCCAACAUUUAAUCAACUAACAAAAGCUUAGUUUUUGUGUGCCUAUGUAGCCAAAUUAAGCAAAAGCUCGCGCAAUGUAAACCAAAGCACAAUGUGAUCAAAUCGCACAAUGAUCGACCUAAUUCCGGGAAUCCCCCAUUCCCGAUUUAGAUAAUGCAUUUAUAAUGAACCGCACCGUGCGCAAUCAAAAACGGCAUCAAAAACGAUGAAUUUUAACAUCGGUUUGGCACGGGCAGAUUGAUGAGCUUUCACAACUCUCCCUCGGGCCAUCAUCCCAUUCCACUGACCGGGUAAUGUUCCUGCUGCUCAAUCAAUCAGUAAGCUCGCACAAUGUCACAGCCAAUUAAAAUGUAAAUCCAUUUAUUUUUUUUUUUCUUCUCCUUCAUACUCCUUCGGCCCACUAUCAAUCAAGGUGUGUUCGGUGGUGUGGGAGCCAACACAGAGACGGGCCUCGUUGUUGUCGCGCGUCAUUCGGCAGUCCAAAACGGUGACCUUCAACCUUGUGCGAGGAAGCUAUAAUUUCCUUCCACAGGUUUAAACCCGGCACCCUGCCCUGCUCACACCUGCUGGGCACCGGUAAGCCAGGGCCAACGAAAUGGCUCCGGCAUGGCUAAUUCCACAAAGCUCUCAAUUUUCACCACCACCUCCGGCCGCCAGUAUCAGAUGUCGCGCGCGCUGGUGCUCUGUGUACAUCAACCAAGUGGGAAGGAUAACCUUUCGAUCUGGUAUCGCAUGGAGAGCGUUCUUUGUGUGAUAGUUGAAGGGAGUGCGAAAGAGACAAAGAAAGAGAGAGAUGGGAUGCGAAGGAGCGCGGUUGAGGAUUUAAUUUCCCAUCCAAAUAAUCUCAUUAUCGUUAUUGUUCGCGCUACCAUCUAAAACGCCAUUAAAACACACACACAGACACAUAUUGUUGGUUCUGGGCAACGGUUUUAGCACCUUGCCGGACGUGGGUGAGUAGUGCAAAAGGUGAGAUGCUGAUAUUGGUAGCCUACAAGCAAUGUGAACAGGACAAGGAGUGCGGCUUGAAUGACAAGAUUUGUUACCAUCGAAAUGGCCCACGAAAGCAAAGGCCCCGGUCUCACAUCCUUCUCUUCCAGCUUCCCUUGCGCUCUUGGCGCAGGAUGGUGAAGGAGAGCUGAAGCGUAGCCACAAAAUUGGAUCAACCCCGGGCAGGUGAAGCACGUGAGCUAUUUUUAGCUUUCAUUCAUCAAAUUUCAAUGCAUCUACAGCUGAAGUGCAGAAAGAGAACUAUGCCGGUAUGCCUUUUGUGUGUGUGUGUGUGUGUGUGUGUGUUUGUGUGUGUGUGUGUGUGUGUGUGUGUGUGUGUGUGUGUGUGUGUGUGUGUGUGAGUGACAUUCCUUUCACUUCGCACACACACACCCAAACAGUUACUGCCAGGUUUUGCCCCGAGACACCGAGGACACUGGAAAUGGUCGGUCACUCGAGCUGGCUAACCUCACCCUGGCUUCAUUUUGCUUACCUCGCACUGACACAGAACACGACAAAGAUUGAUGCCACUCGAGCCGCAAAGCAAACCAGAAGAAGAGGAAUAAACACACAAGAAAUAUGUAUUCCUCAAACCGAUGAUACGCUCUCUGCACACAGUUUCAGCGAUGCCAGCCAUCCAACUACCGUCAUCUGCAACUCCCAGGAAUAGCGUUCCGUUUAACCGCUUCGUGUUGAUUACAUUGGCCUCCCUGCUCAAACGGAUGCCUGCUUUUUGGCGGUUCGUCGCGUCCUUCUUCUUGGUGCGCUUCGUCCUUCCUUUCCACGCAUCGCAUCGCAAACAUCAAACGGCAACGGGAUAGGUGUGGCUUUGUUUUGGAUGCCAGAAGCAUCGAAGCGUGUGAAGUUGUUUCGGGGGAAGGGGAUGCUGGGAAGCUAUUUUUAGCCCGCUCCACAGCGCUCCGGCCGUGCAGAUAUGAGGUGAGUGAUGGAGAAGCGAGACAGCAGAUGAUCUCUUGUGCAAUUUCAACGAAGCUAGGCUCCGCUUUUUUCCUUCGCGUCAAGCGUGAAGCGUGUUGUGUGGGCUAAUGGGCUUGCUGAAGGUAGUCAAAAAAAAAAGAAGGAAACGACACACAAACUGCGAAACAGGUGACAUUUUUGCCCACGCAACGCACCGGUAGGCAAGGCGUUCCACGUCACGUCGGGUUGUUAAAAUACACUUGCGUUCUUUGCUGUGUACCUGGCAGACACCAGGCCAGACACCGUGGUGCGGUUUGGGGCGUGAUGAAAUGAGAUGCUAAUUUUAACGCUGCUUGUCCAAAUUUGUGUGGAGAAAAAUUGCUUCCCCCUGCGAAGCCAGUGGGUGUGAUUUCUGCUACCUAAUAUGUUUGUUCAUGUUGCCCAGGUUCUAUUUCACUCUUUGGCCGGUUGCAUCGAUCGCCCGGCCGGGCGAUCGCAGUAAUGCAGCCACUUGCUCCUUAGUCUUCAUUUUCAGCAUCAUUUGGAAGCUCAAGUCGCUCCGUAUAGUCGGCCCUUCGAAACUCGGAUUUAUUUCGAUAGUCUGAUCGUUGUCUAAUAGUGCUAAAAUGUUGUAGAUACCGGGACAGGUUUAUACAACGUCCACAAACUCCCGCACGGAGUCCGUUUUAGACGCUACGAGGUGCCGGUUUUUACAUCGCGCACGCUUCUAUCUCGCACGUAGUGGUUUCCCUUUUUUGGCAAUCAUGAUUAGAGUCAAAUUUUGCCUACUGACUCAUACUAUUAUUGAGAGUGUUUUUUAACAUUUUGACAAUGCGGUUUAAGAUUAAUCAUGAAAAAUCGACAAUGUUUGUCCAUAUUUUUUUAAUGCAAACGUUAGGCUCCUUUUUUUCGUAACAACUUGUAAGAACGGCCUAAUUGGCUGUAUCACUUAUGAAACAGACCUAUAUAUAACAUUUAUAUUUCCAUUGUCUUGCUUUGUAUCUUUGAGCUGGCCGGCGUUCAUUUUCUUGCUCGGUUUUAUAAGCCUUAUUCCGGGUGGGUUCGGAUAUAAGCCACUUUCAAGAUCACUAGAACUUCAAAGCCGUCUCUCCUAAUUAAAACAAAUAUCAUUAUCUAAUUUUAUAAAAUAUAAGAUUGAAAAAUCUCAUAUAAAACAAGAUUCUAGUCAAAUUGUUUGCCUCACAGCUCCAAUAACCUUUUGAAAUGCAUUACAGUCUCUACGCCACAACUUAAAUCUGAUGGAGACGCCCAGUCAUUCAUGCUCUGCGUAGCUGGCUGCGUACGUUGGAUCAUGCAGCCAGGUGCACAUGCAUCCCCGUCCCAUACAGGGACCGUGUUCGGGUGUGCAAACUGUUGUUUAGUCGCUUGACUACACCUCUGGCACAUACACGCACACACACACACAGGUUGUACGUAUCCCACUCCGACUUGCUACAUCAAUGAGCAUACUGAAGCGGAAAAAGUGCAGACACUCACACACACACACACACACACUCGCAUCAGGAACGAAAGUGAACAGUGGCUAGGAUUAGCUUACGGUAGCACGAUGAAAUGCACUGAUUGCUUGCUAGCGUACCGGACUGCAUUUGACAAUCGGGCUUCGUCUUACCUGGGCUUCCGGUACGGUGUGAAAGCGAAAACGAACUGAAGAAAGAGUUUGCAUGAAUAAUGAACUACAGCACAUGGGAUGUUCUUUCCCCCUCGUUCUGCUUGAAAUACAUACACACACACACACGGUGGCUUAUGCAUAAACCCUACUCGUACCAGGAUGCUUUCUGCAAUGUUUCCUGGAAACACCUGCUAACAAAAAAAAGCACCAACCCUCGUUGAACUACGUUAAAAUACAACCGGAUGAUGUGUUAUUUGCCCCGGCUUGGCGUCUAAUUGAAGAAUGAGACUAAGGUAAGCUUACCGCCUGCCCGGAUUUCAGUGCAAAGGGCGGCGAAGCUUAGCGUGUAAUGUGUCACCCCGUUUUCAAACCAACUUCAAACGAGGGUUUUUAGAACAAUCGUCAUCGUUCGAAGGGGGUUUUACAUUACGUUAAUGGGAAACGAAAGCUUACGCUGCUGCUGCUGUUUGUUUAUUAAUUAAUAAUUGCUUUUAGCUUUAUUUUUAAGCGCUGUCAAAGAUGUUACAUAUGGUAGCAUUAGCUUGUAUCCAAUUUUAUCGAGAUUUAUUUAUUUAACAACCAUUCAACACAAUGCCUUAAUGAGGAUUAAUGAAGAGAAAGGCCACUUUAAUAGCGAAAAAUUGUCUUAAUUUUUAACACUUUGUUUCAAGCUUUGUAACCGAUACGUAGAAACUUUAUGCACAACAACCAUUUAAACCCUAUCAAACCCAUUUUUACGCAACAAAUGGUGGUAAAAACAAAGCACGAAAAUCUCAAAACAGAUUACCUAAUGAAGAAUAAAACCAAAACUUUACCGUACCUUCAUGGACUUCAUGGGCUGCAGAACUUUUUGAACAAGAGAAAAUUUACCCUUCUGUAAAAGAAAACUUUCCACUAACCAUUUAUUUCACUAGAGGUCGGUCAACCUGGCUCAACGGACACUUUUGAUUGUUUCUUUGUUUAACAGGAGCCAACGGUUUGCUACACAUUGUGUUUGUGCUUCUCAUUGUGAAAUGGCUUCUUGAUGCGAGUCCUUUUGCGGCAAUGCUGCCGUUGACGUGGCAAACUGGAAUCUUGGAAACAUCACCAGCUCCAGUUGCAACACUGACGUGGCAAACACCGUUACUUGCUCGUCGGAUGUUAAAAUAAAUGCGAUGGUACCUGCAGGUCCGUACACGACCGGGUAGAAUAUACAGAAAUAGUAAAAUGUGUUUCAAAUUGCAUUUACUGCCGCACUGUAAGCAUCUGGGAGGAAUCUGUAGGUGUGUGUGUGUGUUUUUUUGCUUUAUCGUCCAAUCAAAAGUGCGAAACAUUGCCAGCUGUCUUGCUGAUCAAUAAAUCAACGCGCUCGGUAUAUGGCGCCAUUAACGAGGCGCAUGUCUUCAUUUCCGUUGAUUUCAUGGCCAACGAUAAAACAGCGAGACAUUGCAAGACGUAAAAUGACGUCGUUUGUAUGCGGGUGUGUCGAUGUGAGAGUGUGUGUGUGUGUGUGUCUAUUUAAUGAAUAGACAUGUAUCCAACCGACGCAUUACAACGGACAAAGUAAAAGCUUUUGUGUAGCAUUUAGUUGUGCAGAUGUUUUGUGGCUGUUUUGCUGCGUUAGUUAGCUGAAAUGUUGUAUUUAAACGAUCACCCUCAAAUCAAAUCAUAAUUUUCUCAAAACCAUCGACUUUACAGUAACAAAUCAUGUAGUUUUUUAUUUACUUUUUUAAUUUAAUUAUAACACAAUUUAAAUUAUCCAAACGAUUAAAAUAAUUCGUCCUAUUAACUCCAAACCAUGACAACAACCAUCGACAGCUUGAGCCUAUGCAAUGGUAACCUCACCAAUAGUAGUUUCGUCGCCGCUCUUUACUCAAUUUCUCUUUGAUAGUCCUCACUUUUAAAUGCACUGACAAACGAACUUCGUGCCGAAGAAGAGCCAGCAACAAGAGUGGCAAUUAAAAUGAUGAUACGGCGAAACAAAAAGUACACCAGGCAACCUGCUUCUGCCAAUGGAUAAAGCAACGCUUUAAGCUAUCCUCAUACUGAGGAGCGUUCAUUAUGUCGGUCGGUUGCAAUUAUUCUGCCAUUUACUGUCAACCACGCUCGUAAAACACAGGAUGUGAUUAAUUCAUUUACUCUAGCUAAUUGGAUGCAGAUGCAAACGAGUGGACAAGCUAGUUUGAAGUUUGGAUAAGUUAAUCCUUCAAGGUGCGUGCGGUAAUAUGGCAAUUUUAAAGUGUUUUCCAAAAGAAUUGGAAGUAAAAUAAAAAAAUUAUAAUAUUUUACAUCUUCUCCUCAUACGUCUUACGAACAACGACAGAAACGAAACUCUGUCAUCUAUUGGCUCUUGCACCAUUGUCUAUUUCAUUCCAUGAUGCGGCAAGAUUUGUUUCUCGCUUCAAUGGCCUUUUAUUUGAAGCCCCCGUGACUGUGACUGAGAGCGGGACAAAACAAACAUUCAACCUGUCUGUUGACUAUUGGCAUCAGCACGAAAGAGCAACAGUCCCUCGAGAGCACAAGCAUUGAGAUCACUUCAGCUCGUUCUCCCACAAACCUCAAGGGCAGCCGUUGUGCCGUACCGGUUCAGGUGAAUGAUGAUUUGAUAGAACGCCCUUGAAGAUAUUCCUUAGUGACAUGUUCGGUGCGGCAAGGCCGAAUGUCUCCUUGUCGCACAAGAUUCUAGCUCAUCUCUCCCUCCCUCGCAGCAAAAGCCAACACCCACACAGGUGCACCAACCAUGCCGCCAUAGCUCCAUAGCAGCGAGUAAUUGUUUUGUCCGUCUGUGUUUCGUGCGAGCGGUAGGGAAAACUUUCCUUUCCGAGCCACGGUGUUUGCGUGUUUGCAAUUGAUUCUCACACGAGCUUAGCAGAGGCUUUGUUACCUACGCACGGCCUAUGAAGGCCCGUACCGUCCUAUGCAACGGGGUGAAAGCAGUUCGUGAAAAACACCCCACCAAACAUGGGCCCAAACGAGCGUGCUGGCAACUUCGCCUACUAACAGGUGUGUACAACGAACGAGCAUGAGCGGGACGUGAAAGGGAAGAUGGAGGGAAAUUGAAAUUAAUCAAAAUGUAAUUAAAACACGAGUCAACCAACCACCCACCCCGCAUCAGGGAAACCGGGUUCGAGUCGGACAAUGCGCACGAGCCACAAAGCGCACGCCGCAGUCCAGCCAGCCCAGCCUUCAAAUUACGCGGCGCAGCGUUUAGAAUGACAUUUAAUUUCGCUUGUUAAGUAACGGGGGUUGUUGUUUUGUUUUCUUGUUUUGCUCCUACCCAACCCACUGGGGUGGGGCUUAACUAGCGGGCUUACGAUCGGGGCUGAUGACGUAAGGAAAUUGCUCGUUCGUUUGUGGGUACCAUAAAUUAUUCAUAAUUGUGUACGUGAAAUACAGUACAGGCAGAGUAACAGCAACCUGUUAUCUUUAGUUCAGUCAACAGGCAAAACCGCUACAACCAAUGAUCAAAACGAUGGAAAAGCAGGCAGUGAGACGUGAGCUGAGACGUAAGGAAAAAACUGAAAUUGACAAAAUGUUGACAGACAUUGGCAAAAAAGGAAAGCAAAUUUGUUUUAAUUGUAUCAUUGCUGGGCUGCUCGGGGAUUCUCAAAAUUUUGGGACACUUGCCUGACCUCUACCUUCGGGACAUGAACUUUAUGUGAUAAGAAAUGAACUCUAUAGCACCCUUUUUGGACUGUCACAUCGGAAAUUCCUGCAUGCUUUGUCCAAAAAGGGUGCAGUAGAGUCGACUUCGCGUCUUAAAAUGUUCCUUUCCCAUAAAAGGAGGUCAUGAAAGUCUUCCAGAGUUAUAAGACCUCCUGAACACCCCCUGUAUUUGAUUGUUCUAGUUCAUCUAGCUGGCAGGCGUGUCAACAUUUUCGUACCGCCACGAGACAAAGCUCUUUUUGCUAUUGACAAGCUGUUUUUUCCAAACUUGACAAAAGCUGCAGUUGUCACCUUUUUGACCUAAUAGAUACUACGAAUGUGUUUGCCCAAAAAUACAUUCAAAUAUGUGAAACUUCGACAAUUAUGGCAAGCAUCUGUUUGCACGCUCUCCAAAGCAACACGAGCAUCGCGCAAAAGCUUGCACACUCGCAAACAAACAAACCAAUACUUUUCGCCCCAUGGCAAAAUGUCAUUCGUUUAAUUCAUUUUUAAAGCCACACAAAUACCAUACCACCCGCCCUGGCAAAAGGGGAAUAAAACCUGUUCAAAAAUGCUGACGUCGCAGCGUUGUUUGCACACACAAACACGCUCACAAAGGAAGAAAACAAAAUAAUAUUUUCACGAUUUUGCCCCGGGAAGACUUUUCAGCCAAUCUGUUUCCUCUGCCAUCAGAGCUUUCCACCUUACUGUUUGCUUCCUUUGUAUUACGGGAAGACUGUGUGACUGUGAUUUAUGACCCCGAACCACAGAGUCACACAAACCGAGAAGCAGAAACUGCACAUCCUUCAUGAUUCCUAAGACUCGUCAGCGAUAUCUCGGUGGAACUCGGGGUUUUUUUUUGACUUUCACCUGUUGCUUGACCAGAAGAGCGUAUCGGGGAAAAAGGGAGACCCUUUGACCCUUUCCUUGGACCAAAUCAAACUGGUGUUGUUUUGUUCGGUUUGCAGUUUUAUGAUGCCAUUUUGUGAAGAAAAUAGAGGAUGAAACAAAAUAAAAGCUCAAGUGAAUGUGCGCUUCGGCAUACAGCAUACACGAAGCAGAUGAGAAAACUAUUUUUAAACCAUCUUCUUUUGAUGGGAUUUAUUCAAUAAUACACACUUAUACGACUCCCCGAUGGAUUCGUCUUUCCUCCUUUGAUGGAGCUUUUUUACCGAUCAAUCUGAAACCGUCGAAUUUUCGUCGCACGGUAUUGAUCUCUGCUCAAUUGCUUUUUAUUACACUUUCCCCGUAGGAAUUGCUGCGUGCAGGAAUGGACGAAAUAUUUCAAGCUAAUUGAUUUAACUCACCAAUAAAAGAACCGGCCCUGUCUAGCCGCCGGUUCCGUUUGGCAGAGAUAUUGUGACAUUUGCUUUAUCUUACUUGACACUUCCCUGCUAACCCUGCUGGAGCAACCCGCAGCACCAGUCCGGUAGCGGUAGCGGUGACACGCAGCGUGAAGCGAAAAAUCAUGACCGUUAAAAUCCGAACAAACCCCUUUUCCCCCAACCACUACCUCACCGGCCCCGCUGGGGGAGUCUGGGAAGCCAUCUCCUCCUUCGCCACUGUGAUCGGAGCUUUGGAAGUGAAAAUAAUGAAAUGAACGAACGCAAAAUUGAUUUAUACGAUGCCGAGUCCGAUAAACGACAUCAAACCUGGCGCUUUCCCCGGGUGUUUCGCUUGCGCGCACCAGCACCAGACGACCGACGUACGGGACGGUACGACCGACCAGUAUCGACUGCUUGCUUGAUAUGCUUCGGCAAAGCGACUGUUUCAAUUGGGUGUCCUUCCAAUUGGAUGUUCUUUACUUUUCUGUGCUUUGAAGAGUACCCGGUGAUGGUAAAGUUUUUUUUGUGCUUUACUUUUCAAACACAACAUUUUCUAACUCGAUUACAUCAAUCCUGCAUUCUUGCCAAACCUUCGUUGCCGCGGUGUGUGUGUGUGUGUUGUAAUGCUAUUUUUUCAUACUCCAAGUUGGUGCAUAUGUUUCGCAUUAGAAGUUGAAAGUGUGUUUUGCUUAUUGAGUUUAAGUGAGUAAAAUUAAAUGGACUGAUUCAACCCAACUGUUGCUAAAUGAUCCGUACUUUGAAGGAAUUUUGACUAAAGCUUACGAUUCUAACUCAAAACACUUGUCCGAUAUGAAUCCUAUAAGAUAAAAUAACGCCGUACAACAUGGGUUAACAAUUCUGUUGAACGGUUUUUGUUUCAUUUCAUUAAUUAUUUUAUUUGUUAAUUGUUGUUAAUAUUGUGGGGUUUUUUCUACAUUUAUACUGUUUUCCAGGACACGGUCCAAUGUUCACACAAUUGUUUAAUUAUUGCGAGGUGUUUUUCAACAGCUUAGAUGUUAGAAGUAUAUUUACUUAAUUAUUAUUAUUGUUAUUUAUUUAUUUAUUAAAAUCAAAUUAUUAAUUUUAAUCAAAAAAUUAAUCGGGUAGUAUAUCCAAUUAACUAAAUGCUCACAUUGCACAUCUUUAAAGCAGAGACAUAGACAAAUAUGCUAACCGACUAAUGGAUAGAUUAAAAUCUGCUGAUAACCCUAACCUCUUAUGUGCUUCUAUCAUUUUGAGUAAAGGAUCAUUGGUACCAGUUAAUCUAAAGGGGCUUCAUAAUAGCUCUCUACUUCUACAACCUCUAUAUGGUUUACCAAUCUUCGCAUCGAUCAUUAUUAGAAGGACGUGGAAUUUGACUAAAAUGGACGGGAAGACAGCUGUUGACAAACAUCUCGCUAGUGUUGAACAAUGCUGUUAAGAUUGAAAACUGACCCAGAGAAGAGUAUAUUCACUACCAUGCUGAGAUAAUUUCUUCAAAUAAGUUUUCUCAACCACAUGCUAGAUCAUACAAGACUUCAAUGAUAACAUUUUAUUAUAUCUUGAACUAUUUUUAAAGUGAAAUUACUGGCUGAGAAAUUAUAUACUUUUAACAAUGGAACACAGAAAAACUCAUCAUUUGUGAGUUUUUUUGAUGCCAAAUAUGGUCAACAAAUUUCACAUUUCAUCCUUUUUAAUAAAAUCUUUAAAAGUUUCGAACACUCAAAAAUGUACUUGAAUUAAAACAGUUGUUCCUUUUUUUCAUGCUCAAGGUUAUAAUGAACCAGAUAAAUUUGCUCAAAAUUGAUUUUAAACAUAACUAGUUGGUAAUGAACUUUGCGUAGACCAUUUUUCAUCGAUGAAAUGAAAUUUUUCAAUUUUCAAAGAAACCAUAAUUUACUUUUUAUGAUGUUUAUUAACACAAAAUUAAAGUUUUUUAGCUUUUCAAAGGACAUACUUUUAUAAAACUUCAUCGAUAGCCUUUGCCAAAUCCCAAACGCAAACGAUCAGCAGCUUGUUUAACACUACAACACCAUAAACACGAUGCCAUUAGUACUUCCCAUCACCGUUACAAUCACUCCCGAGAGGGUUCCGGUACUAUUUCUUAAAAAGAUUUACCCUAUUUACGACAUCGGUCCACUUAUCUCUCCCUUAUCGUUGUGCUUAUAAACGAUUCGUACGAGAAACCUCGAACCUCAAUUACUUCCCAAAAGCCUCGAUAAACCUGUUGUCACCUGUUGUAUCAUCGGAUCGGAGCAGAACCGAUUUACGCAUUAAAUGGAAGAAAAAUCUCCGUAAAAUUAUUACACACGUUGCGCAACCGUUUGAGGCUCUACACCUCCCUCCCCCCCCCCCCCUCCUUCUCUUUUCUGACCAACGGUUCGAACCCAACAAAGCACAGGCCGAGACCGGCUAUCCAAUUCAACGGCUCCAAUGCCCGGCUCAUCGUAAAAUCGAACACAUUAUUUGCGAACCGAAAAGCUCAUUCCACAUUCCCAAACGGUGAGAAGAGCUUUUUGGCGGACUGAGGUUUCAUUUUUGUUUUUGUGCUGCCUGUAUUCAAUGGGGCUUUCAACUUCCAAAUCACUUCCAAAACGGCGCGCGUCCAUAUCUCCAACCGUUGUUCAUGGGCUGUGAACUUUUAUUGGCACAUUUUUUUAGUGGCGGUUCUUUUUUUGCUGCCCUCCAGCAUUGAUUUUGUUUCCAAAGCAGCAUUCGUGCGUUCGUUUUCGACCCGAUCUUUUUUUUUUUUAAUAUUUACAGUCCGCGAACGCCUUCGCAGUGCAAUUCGCAAUUCACCCUUGAGCGGUUUGAAAAUAUUAAACCAUUUUACGGCAAAAUUAGAUUAAACCACGAGCCCUCCGCCGGGGAAGGUUUUUUGGGGAACAACUACUAGUCGAGUUGUCGAGCGUAAUGCAUGUUUGACACUGCCGAGAUAACGACGCCAGACAAUGGGGGCAAAUCGGCGAAAAGAAAGCAAUAGAGAGAAGUUUCCGUUUUUGGAAAGUUUAAUGCGAAACGAAUGAUAAGUAAUGGGAAUAUUGAGAUAUCGAGAAGACGAGACGACGACGACGAGACUGCUGCGACUGCUGCGAAGGUCAAUGCAUCUAAGUGCAACGCCGACGAUCACACAACUGAACACACACUCAACCCUUACCAAUCAAUUAGCUAACCCUUACCCGGAAAACAACAGCUACAAGCAUUAAAUGCGUAGCAAACAGUAGCCACCAAACCGGGCAAUGAUGCACCUCUGCUGAGAGGUUAUUUUUUCAAGCCGUACUAAAAAACCCUCUUUUCAAGGGCUCUAAGAGCACGUCCAUAACCUAUAGUAAAAACUUGGUGGAGCCCAAAAAAGCAAAAAGAAAAUAGUAAUAAUGCUUCACUCCUCUUCCACUCGAUGGCAUAUUCCGGAACCGGGGACCAAAAUGCCCCCUGAAACGGAAGAGAGAGAAAAUACCCUCGAAAAUGGUGCACUCACACACACAGACCAUUCAUAAAAUUCAAUUUGUUGCACCUAAUUAGGAUGGGAGGCUGGCGUAUGGAAGGCUCUGGUACGAAUCUCGCUGCGUCCGAGCAGGGAAAAAACGCUAGCAUCUCAGGGAUUAAAUCACAUGAAACCCUCGAUUCCAUCCUUCCUUAUGGAGGGUUAACCUUUUUGCGGAAAGAUUUUACACACAAGACCAAAAAAACCCCACCGGAAGGUCAACAGCGUGAUGAAAAUGAAGCCCGUUUCGCUUCGUCCCAAACCGUCUCGCACAUCGCGCAAGAGCCUAAACGACGGGCUUGAUCGUAAAACAUUUGGGUCUUACAUUUUUUAAAUAAAUGCCUGCAAGAGGGCAAGGUCACUUCGAGUGCGAGGAUGCAAAGAGAAAAAGAGAUCCUUCAUAUUUUGUUGCAUUAUGCCCCCCCAUGUCCCCUCGCUGAGCACGCUUCCCUCUCCAUGAUGGGAUGGUUAUGAUUGUCGUGAAACAGCGCUUUCCAUCGCUGGACGAUCGCAACCAAAGCAGUGCCUAUUAUCCCAGUUUUAUACGACAGACCAUUCCGGGCUGGAUAAAAAAAAAAAUGGAGACUGUCCGCUGCUACGGUUUAAAAGAUUGGGGACGACAAAGUCCAUUAAAAAUUGAUCCAUUUCCGGUGUAGAGCACGAGCGCCACCACGGUGGACACACGCUGGUUUACACAGUGAUUGCUUCUUAGGCUGAUAAGUAUCGCAACUUCCUCCGAGGUUUAGAGUUUCAAGAUUUUUGAGAAUUUUAUGAUUCCAACAGCGUUUGAGCGGUUUUCAUGCUUGUGGAACUUCAGGCUUAUUAAAUUACUGCCAGCUGUUAAUUUUAUUUAAAAAAAUCAAAACGUUUGAAUUGCUUCAAGUCUUCAGACAUUGGAACAUUUUGAGGAGUUUGAUCAGAAAGCUCAACUUCUUCUGUAUAAAUGCCGCAUUAAGUAAAAUAAAAAAUCCAUUCAAAUACUUCAAUUUCAAGGGUGUUCCCCUAAUUCAGUACCAGCCGACCUAUUUACCAUUUUUUCGCAACAUUACCAACUACUCAAGUUAUCCACCAUGACAAGUGGCUUUGUGCAAGCAUGCUUGUGUCUCGGAACACCUUCGUUUGCUCGCAUUCUCGCAUCAUCCAUCGCACUAAUUCCCACCCAAAGUGGAGUUAUGGAAAAAUAAUCAAACUUCUAAAUGCCACGCUGUGCGUUGAGGCGAAACUUCUGCCCACGUACGCGAAGGUACGUGCCGUCCCGAGAAAUGACAGCAACAGCAACAACAACAACAGCAACCAUAAACCAUCACGUAACAACGACAACCUGCACUGGCGAUGGUCGCUGACGCCAUGGAGCCUCCGGGGCCGGCCGAAUCGAAUUACACCCGCCCACCCGCCCACCCGGUGCGAGAGGGUGCGGCCCGGAAACCACCGGGCGCUCGCGCACACUAAUAGUUUCGUCCUUUGGCUGGGCUUGGCCCACCAUAGGACAUAUUUAGGGACGCUAAGGAGGGAGGGCAGAGAGGACGGCUAACGUCAUCAAUGCUGAAACUUUGCUCACCACGCGAAGGCGUUUAUUUAUCGCUGCCAACAUCCCGGCAUGGGUGUCAAGUCUGUAAGGGGUCUGUACUUGUAUAUGGAGCAAAAAAGAAGAUCCCACACACACACACGCCCGAUACACCGUGUGAGGAUGGGAGUUGAUAUUGCAAUGACGUCACCUACUCAAUGAUGACGUCUUCAUUCGAGCGGGCAGCAAUGCCGGAGUUGUUGAGCCCACUACGAAACGAUCGUACGAUCCCAACACGGGUGAAGCUUUUUUCCAACCGAUUGAACCCUGGCCUGGCCGCACGACAUGCUUUCCAAGUGAAGACGUUUUGUCCCAGCUGGAACAAAGGAGCUAGGCUUGGGCAGCAAUCAAGCUCAAGCUUACAAGAUGUGUCUGUUUAAAAUUCAACGACAAUAAAGUGUCGUUGCUUUCCAACCUGGAAUGGGCCCACACAUAACCACCCAGUAUCGCACAGCUAACAGUUUAGCGACGAAGAAGAAGCAUGUUUUAUGGAGCGUGCUGGUAAAUUAUGCGCUAUGAUGCUGUGGUACGAAACGAGCUCGUAUGUAAUAUUUAUCACCCGGGUGGUAGUGAGGGAUGGAGUGAUUUUCAAAACGGUUUGUACCGGUUAUGAUAAAUGUGAAGCUGUGUGUCUGCCACAUGCUCAAUCGAUGCAGUUUGACACAUUAUCUACGACGUUUACUCUGACAUAUUAAGCACUCUAACAACAGGACAUUUUUGAUUCUUCUUUACUUGAAAUCAUCUUAGACACAAAUCAUACCUCAACAUGAAACGAGUUUGCUUUAAAGAAACAAGUAUUCGUUUUAUUGAACAGCAAUUGCAAUGUGUUUUGCAUACAUUUAGGCGACGAUAAGCAUUUCAUACUUGCAGCCACCAUAGUAACUGCUGUUUACUCGGCAUCAACCUUCCCGUACGCUUUGCAGUAAUUAAGCUUCUAAGUGCACUAAGCUCGCGCAUAUCAAGCAUUUAAACAACAUUGCUCUGUCAUUUUCAAGCCAAACUUUAACGACUUUCACAUGGAAUGCGGCAUUUACAUUUAACUACUUAUGUAUUCAGCCACUUUCUCAAACUCGAACGAAGAUGAACGAUACUUGCAGUUGCCUAGAUACAACGGUUACUUUAACUCAAUUCAUGAGCGUCAUGUUCAGUAAUGCGUACAAUAUGGCAAGAUGUUUUAAAAAUAUCCAAGCAGACUACCGUUUUAUGUCAUUUUUGACAAUCGCUCCGUUCGAGUUUGUAAGUUAGUAGUGGCUGAUUGUUAUAAGUGUUGCAUGCUUUUUUCUUCCUAUUGUUCCAUCAAGCUACUGAUGAAUUAGUAUCUACAAUCACUUCACACAAAUAAAUUCAAUUUUUCACGAUUUUCCAGCAUUUUUUAUAGUUUUUCGUGAUGUUUUUUAACCAUUUUUUAAUUUUUAAAAGCUCGCAAUUAUUAUGAUUAGUGCAACACAUUGAACAUAAGCGCGUGUUUGUAUGUUUUAACGAAAAUUGAAUUCAUUUAAUUUGCUUGUACAGCUAUAUUUUUUAUUCCAAAAAGUAUUUAAAAAAUGCUAAUCAACUGAUAUUAAUCGAAACUGACAACGCAAACACAAAAAAACUAAGAAAGGAUAAUCAAAAAAGAAGUAAAAUAAUAAAGCUCAACUGCGAAACUACUCGUACAGUAACAACAAAAUAUGAAAUGAAAAUUUAAAAAAGGAAGUAAAAAUCGAGUUGAGAAACGAUCAUGUAGAAUGAACAACAGAUGAGCUAACAGCAAGUGGAAAAACAAAAACAAGAUCGUUCAUCAGCGAACAAGCAACUAACAACCUAACGCUAAUGUAAACUCAAUAUUAACAACAACAAAAACAAACAAAACAAACAAACAAACCAAAACGAAAAGCUUACUAUAAUGCACUUUUUCUUAAGUGUUGUGAUGCACCACCAGAAAGCACCAUUAACAAAUGCACUUAUAAUAUUUAGCUCGUAAGAAUAAGAAGCAAAACAAACAAACAAACAAACAACCAACAACUGAUAUUGCACUUUACCAAAACUAAAAAAAAAUAAAAAAUACAAAACUCAACAAAAGGAAACCCAUUAAACUAUAAGUAUUAGCUAUUGCUGGCGUUUGUGCAGCGGGAAAGGCUGGGAAAAGCGUGUGGUACCGAGUGGUUGAGCACCCGCAACAGCAGCGCUAAUAGUUUUAUCGACGUGAGUAUGUACAUUUGCCAAGUUUAGAAUACCCUUUUUUAUUCCUGUUAUAUUCAACGCUAAGCACGGCACAGUGCCGCUGAUUGGCACGACGGUGUUAGGGCUCUACUAAUGGAGGCUACCGAUGGGGGAAAGAGUAUUUAAAAUACCAAAAUCAGCACUAGAAUGUGGAACACAGCAGAAAACCAAAGAGAAAAACGCUUCGCAGCAGAGCAACUUCCAUUGCAAUUGCAAAUGCAAUGUGGAAGUGUUUGCGUGUGAGCUGAUGGUGAGGAGAGGCGAGAAAGUAAAGUUGCGAUAGCAAAACACACUAGAAGUACGUAGGAAAUGAUCGUGUAAUGACCGAAAGCCUAAAAUCGUUGCCCCCGUUUCCCGUGUGGACAAUUCAUUUUCCCCGAGCCCUAAACAUGAACAAACUCAAACGCUGACCAGUCAGGGCCAGUUAGAAGCAAGCGGGGUAGGUGAACGUGAUAUAACGAUGAAAAAAAGACUUGUUGUAAAUAAUUUAGUCACUAGUGCGCCGCACACAGCCCCCGUCGAACCGGAUAUCGGAUAUCGUUACUACGAUCGCAAGGUAGAGAGAGAGAGAGAGAGAGAGAGAGUGAGUGAGAUAGAAUGCCGUGAUCGAGGCGUUAUCCAUUCCGGGCAAACAGGCAUACCGGACAUAAACUGGCAGAUUUUAUAUUCCAUCUCUGAAAUCUGUUAAACGAGAUAAAUCGAAUGCAAACGAUAGGUGAGGGAAUAGUGUUUACUCAAAACUCACCAACCUAUCACUCAAUCUGAUCGCUGGACUCAAGCAAGCUGGCGGCAACAGAAACACUUCAUCACAAAGGUCCAGUAAAGGAGUAACAAACCCCCCGCAACAAAGCGUUCCACAAAAAAUGGAUUUGUUUUUGACUUUUAUCUAACAUUCGCUGUUUUCGAAAAGCCCAAAGUCGUAACUUUGCCUGCAGCAAUGCAUCAAACCUAUCGAGCUACUACUACUACUACUACUACUCCCCACAACAACAAAAAAUACUGCACAAAACCAUACUUAUAAGGUGUAAGACCGAAAGAAUGAAAGAAAAAAAACUGACAGAAAGAACACGUUUUCAUUUAUGUUAAGCAAGAGUGAAACUUGCUUUCCAAUGGAAACAUAUGCCCAAAUACAUAGAACAAAAAAGUAUAUACGGUAACAUGACAAUCGACACCGGCCAAUAAGAAUGUGAGCAAAAAGCAUCAGUCCCAUGAACAAUAGAGAGUUUAGCCGCGAAUAUACCACCCAGCAACCCCAGCACUACACUAACCUCCCUUCUUUGUCCCUUCACUUUACCAACACCCGUUUACCAAUGAGCACCGAGUGACAAAACCAUGGUCAAAACCAGCGAUGGGGGUCAUUAACGCCAUCAACUGAUGAAGCAACUGAAGAAGCAACAGAUCGCCGAGUCGAAGGCACUAAGCCGAUCUCGUGUAUCUUCCAAACCAGCUCAACAGCGUUCAGUAACGUUGCAAGAGCUGCAAAAUACCUACUAAAACAAAACGGUCGAAGAAGAAAUAACAGACAAUGGUAGCAUAAUACAUUUAAAGACAUUUCAAUGCAAGCAAACGGUCAAGACACUUCAAAGGGCCACCUGUGAGUAGAACUGCGCAGAGAAACCUUUCUAUUGUUUUAUUGUUUUUUUAAACAAAACUUUAUACAAACUACCAUUGCUGAGUUUUUAAUUUGUUUACUUGUGUUUUUUCUUUGUCUAACAAUUACAUAAAAAAACAACCCCCAACAAAAGCCAUGGAAGUUGAAACAACAACAAUACAAUACAAUACAAAACCUACACAAACGAUGCACUAUUGCAAGAAACAAAGAAAACCGAACGAAACAAGCAAAUGAAACCAUACACAAUAGAACACAAAACAACUGGAUACAAUAUUACGCAGCGUUAAAAGAACAUGAUCAUAUGCACGUAAUACAAACCAGCAUAUGUAUCGCAUACAAACCUUUAAAGAAUACACAAUAAGAAAAAAAGCAGUGUCAUGAAACUUAAAUAAAUAUUACUCAACAACAAACAAAGCAGGCUGUACCCCUUAACAAAAAGCCUAUGAGAAUGAAAAAAGAGAAGAAAAUGAUAAAGAAAAAAACAAAACAAAGGGAAGAAGACAAACUAAACAAAGAAAUGUAAAAUACUUCCCAAAUCAGAAGUAACAAAGCGAAAAGAAGGUAGUAAUGUCGAAAAAGAGCAAAGAAAAAAAAACAAACAAAUCACUCAAACAUGAAAAGGGAGAAACAAAAAAAGAGAGACAACACACAUGUUAAAAUGCAGUGAAUGAGUGAAUGAGAAAAAAGUAACAAAAGAAGAAGGUAAACAAAAACAAAAACAAGAGAACAAGCGAAAGAGUAAGAAACGAACAGAAACAAAACACACACUCACACGCAAACAAAAGCUCUUAUUAUACUGGAUAUGAAGAAAGGAAACCAAAACAAAACUGAAACAGACAACAAAAAAAGAACAAAAACAAAAGAUUAUAUACAUCGUAAAAUAUAUUAUAUAUAUACAUAUACUUAAAACAUAUAAUGUAUGUGAAAUAAAUGCCUCAGUCAGUAUGAACAAA